GAACAUCGCCUCUCAGUCAAGCUGUUUGCUGCAGUCCCGGCUCUGCUGCACCUUGCUGAGAUCACUCGCGGACCUGCCACAGUCUCGAAUGUCUCAUCCAUGCAUGGCAGUCUCGACCUCAAGGAGGGCUGCCUCAUAACAAAGUCCAUGAAGUACACACACCAGCUUGCUUAUAUGGUCAACGUAGUGCACUCUGGGGAUUCAGAGCCAAUUAGACUCUCCUUGAACUCAACAUGAAGGUCAUACUGUAUGCCGAUUUCACCCUCGACGACACAUGUAACCUCACUCUCCUCGAAAUAUUUGUCCACACGUCACUAGAUCAAUACACUUUCAUUGCAUUGUCGCCGUCGUUGUCAACUGUCAAUGGGCUUAUCAAGAUGGUGAAAUCCGACAAUGACCGGCGUCAACUGGAAAUGGAUCAAGAGGGCUUAGAAGGCGGAUGUUCGCUCAAUUUCUGUGUCUCCGGCUUCACCAAUCCAGAAUAUGAGCUAGUUUCUCUCCAUCCAGAGCAUUUCCUGCCUCGUGGCUCCGUCCUUCCCGUUUACGACCCUGCUACUGGAACUUAUAAGAAUUAUGUUCCAUCACGCAACUGACACCUCCGGAAAAGCUCUCGUCGCUUUAAACGCCGACAUCAAAUUUCGAUGCUACUUUAAAAUGAUUCAACAGAACCCUCCUACAACCACCCUUCCAGAUGACGUUCUCGAGCUUAUGGGCCGCGUCGUAGAGCUUGUCGACCUCCUCUAUUGGGUGCCUGUGCCAACGAAGGUCUCAAUGGGGUGCACGAUACAAGCUGAAAAGGCGCCCCUGAAGCCAGGAAGGGCUGGAAGAUCUUCCCAACUGCAGUACACUGAGGCAGCGUCUGAUGAAGAAGGCAGGAUGGAGGGCUCGCCCACUCCAAGUAAAGUUUGUAAAAUGUCAAAACGCCAUAGGCGGUUUGCCUGGCCAGCCGAUGAGGAUUCGGAGAUGCGGAAAGCCUAUGGAACUGCAUUGAUGUGUGGACAUGACAUUGAUUACGAUCCAGCCUUGUUCGAGGAUGCCUUCCCGAUCGAUGAUCCGGCACAUUUAUAUUCUGACAAUGCAGCCAUGGAGACGUGGAACCAAGGCGUUACAGAGGGUCUGAGCGAAUAGGCGACCAUUGUACCACAGGG